AUGGUGUUGGCCAAGGAGUACCGAAUCCCCUUGCCAUUUACCGUGGAUGAGUUCAGGGUGGGCCAUGUGUACAUGGUGGUGCGUACGGGGCGCGAGGGGCGAUCGACCGGCACCGAGGUGGUGACGCGCGAGGCCCGACCCUACGAGGACAAGAAGCAGGGCACCCGGGGCGUCUACCGCGUGCGCGAGUUUCACGUCGAGGGCCUCCCGCCCUGGACCCGCAAGCUGCUGCCCCACAACGCGCUCACCAUCGAGGAGAAGACCUGGGACGCCUAUCCCUACAUCAAAACCGUCUACACGUGUCCUCUGUUGGGUUCGAGGAUCACUGUCACCGCUUGUACAAAGUUUAUCGAUGACGCUGGCACCUCCUCGCGGGCGCACGGAAAGGAAAGCGAGGCGGCGGAGGUGGACUACAUCAACAUAGCCAAGGAGCAGGUCAAGGGGGCCGCAGGCAAGAACUACAUUCCCACCAUGCACCCGGCCUCCUUCUCGUCCUCCAAAACCAAGCGAGGGCCGCUCAAGGGAGCCUGGGAAAAGUCAAAGCCGAUCAUGUGUGCGUACAAGCUGGUGAGCGUCAGCUUCAACUACCCGCGGUGGACCUUCCCCGGUCGCGUGGAGCGAUACAUCCACCAGGUGCUGCGGGAGAUCUACCUCGCGUCGCAUCAGCUGGCCUUCUGUUCUAUGGAUGACUGGAUCGAUCUGUCGUAUCAGGACGUGCGCGAGCUCGAGCUGGCCUCGUUGAGCCCCGCCUCGCCUGACGCCACCCCUUCUUCCGCCACCACACCACCUUCACCACCACCACCACCUACUAUCGACACGGUCGAUGACGACAAUGACAACGGCGCGGCGCCAGCAGAUGAACCCGCUGCGGCGGCGGGUUCUGUGUCUGCGGCAGCGGGACCGAACAGUUGGUCGGCUCACGCGGAUGACCUCCCACGACGCAGCACGAGCUCCUCCAUCAUCGCCGGCAGGAGGAAGCAGUACCCGGCCACCAAGGCCCGGCUCUAG